AGCGUAAGUUAACUGUGUUUUGAGCCAGAGCCAUAAUAAACAAACGAUGUAUAAGGAGGCAUUUGGAAUGACAGCCUGAACGCAACAAAAAGCCAAGUCUUAUGUCACUGGACACGCCACACAUCACGAUGUUUUAUGCCCAAAUCUUCACCUCCAAACGAAGCACAUUAGCCAAGAUAUGGCUGGCAGCCCACUGGGAGAAGAAAGUAACCAAAGCACACGUGUUUGAAUGCGACCUAGAGACCACCAUAAAGGAGAUCCUGUCGCCCCAGAUGAAAGUUGGUCUGCGAACUUCAGGGCACCUUCUUUUAGGAGUUGUCCGGAUAUACUCCAGGAAGACCAGAUACCUUCUCACAGACUGCAGUGAUGCAUUGGUCAAAAUUAAAGUGGCUUUCAGGCCAGGACAGACAGAUCUGCCUGAGGAUGCGAUGGAGGCCACCUUAAAAAAUAUCACUCUCCCAGAGGACUUCACUGACUUUGAUUCCCAGCUGCCUGAUCUCAACACCAUUGAUGUGGUCGAUCACUUCUCUUUGAACCAGUGCCGCACUGAAGAUAUUACCCUCAAAGAGAACUUUGAGAACCACUUUCUCACCAUGGAGAGAAUAGGUGAGGAAAUCCAGUCUUAUCAAGGACUGUUUGAUCAGAGUUUCAGUGUCCAUGGCGAUUGCUUUGGUGAUGAAGAAAUGGCUGUCGACCUCAUUGAUUUUAUAGCCAAUACGACUGAUGAUGCUGUGGUGCCUGAUAUCUUUGAUGAAACUCCUAAUGAAUUACCAGCUACUCCUCCUCCAACUGCUGUCAAUGCACAAGAGCCGGAGUCUUUGAAACCAGAACUUUCCUGUUUAAAGGGUAGGAGCAGUCCAGCCCCAACCGAGACCACUUUCUUAGUAAAUGCAGAGGAAGGUUUCGCUCUUGCACCAGUUGUUGUCACAUCUUCUUCAACAAGGAAAAGAGGCACGAGGAAACGGAAGCUGGUGAUUGACCGGUCAAAGGAACUAACAGACGAUGACAUCAGGAAUCACCUGGCUGACUGCUCCGACCUUGUAACCCCAUUGGAGAUAGCCCCGCCCACUCGGCAGCUCAUGGAGUGGAGGGAGAAUGGAGGAGUGAAGCAGCUCUUCUCCAGUUUUUGCCUUCCACUCUUACACCCUGACUUAAAGCAGCUGUUCCCUUGUGGCACAUCACCUAGGAGACCAGGCUUGGAGGGAGGAGCGAGACAGCAGACUGACCCAGAGGAGAUGAGAGAGCAACCUAGAGAGGAGGUCUGGGAAAUCUCCGCUCAGCCGGUUCUGGGUGACUGGAGGUUGCUGCAAGACUCUGUUGGUCCAGAUCAAGCAGCAGGUGGAGACACUACUGUAGAAGCUUCUGUCACUCAUCCAGAACCUCCAUCUCCCUGGAACACCACCAGUGAGGAGAGAAGAUUGGAGGUGUCAUAUUCAGAGCCUCCCUCUGAGAUCUCCUUGCAUCUUAACCCAUCUGGAGAUAUGAGGGAAACCCCAUUGACUCACACACAGUCUGCUCUGAACAGCCAGGAUGUAGAGGAUAAGAGAAUGACCAGUCGGGCACACGACCUCCUCCAGGCCCUCAAAAAACAAGACUCUUCCCCCAAUGCCGUGUUCAGUCUUCACGCUUUAUGUGAGAGCAGCAGUCGUUCAUACGUGGCAGCCAUAUUUUUCUGCCUGCUGGUGUUGAGGAAACAACAAAUCCUCAAUCUGCACCAGAGCGCCCCUUACAGUGAUAUCAUCGCCACACCUGGGCCUCUCUUUUCUUCGCUCUAGAACAGCCAUGAAGCGACGGAGGGAAAACCUUUAGAGAUGUUAGAGCUCAUUAAAGGGCUUUGCUGUUUCAUACAUGUUCUUGGUUGGAAGCAAACUUUAUGGAUUUCUGUAAAAAUUUAGACAAUGUGUUAUAAAUUCCUAUGGAGACCUGCUAAAAAUGUGUCUAAGCUAUGAAAUGUGUCUGUAUAGUGUUAUGCUGUUUCUAAAAAAAACUAAUAUAUAUGUAGUACUCAGAUCUGUAUGAGCUGGGCUGUAGGUGAAAAGUACCAUAGAGCAGCUCACAACACAAUGGAUGGUCUACAUAUAAAACUGUCAUUAAUAUGAUUGUUUCAGUUUAACCAAUUUCAUGAACUAAAUUAACUUAAAUCCUUGUUCAUUACUUGAAAAGUGAGUUGGCAUGGAUUGAAACUCGAGCCUGAAUUGGUAUUUGUCUUUUUGUCCUACAGUUUAAUGUAAUAAUUGUUAUGUUCCAAAAACAGUUCUGCUCUGUGUUGAUCAUUAUGAUCUGUAUGAUCUUUUUACCCAAUUCUUG